GGCGCCUUCCUGCGGCUCCCCGCUUCCCCCGGCCACUGCGGGCGGUGCGCAGGAAGCAGCGGAGCCUCACCUGGCCAGGAGAUGCCCGAGGGUCUUAGCGCAGUUUUCAGAUGCCAAGGGUCAGACUUGGCGCGUUUCCAGUUAGACUCCGAAGGGACCUGAACCUUGGCCUCGAGGGGGAGCUCUUUUGCCUAGUCGAAGGCCAUAGGGCUUCAGCGAAGCCCCGGGGUAAGGCCCUAGCAAAGGCCAGGGCUUGAAGGGCCUGAAUCCAGCUAGACUUGGGGAGACUGGAGAGGGGAUCCAGAUCCCCGAGGACAAAGACGAGCGGGCCAGUGGGAUUCGCCGACGCCGCCCAGCGCUGCCCCAAGGAGCACAGGGCCUGUGCCGCGUACAAACUUUCCUGCGGCGGAGGGGCGGGGGCGACGGGCUGGAGAGUUUUCCCCCGAGCUCUGCUCUCCUCCACCUGCCGGUGCGCGCUCCUCCGCCCAGCCUUCUCCCACCCCAGUGCCUUCCCCUCCCCAGCGUGCCUCUGUUCGCUUAGACUUUUCAUUUCUCUCCUUUCCCCUCCUCCUUCUCCCUCUUGCGUUUCUCCCCCACUUUUCUCCUCUUUUUCCUCGUGUGCCUUCUUUUGUAUUCUCCCCUCCUUCGCCGCCUCGGUUGCUUCUUUUCUCCUCCGGGCCGCAGGGAGGAGGUGAGCGCGCUGCGCCCCGGGCCUGCGCGACGCAGAGGGAGGCGUUUCUCCUACUUCUCCCGGGUAAUUUGGAGAGAUUGUCUGUGUGCGCGCGCGCGCGCGAGUGUAAAGCGAAAAGGAGUAGGAUCCAGAGCCAAGCAGAGAGGGUCAGGGUCUUUGACAUUCCUCACCAGCCGCACAAAUCUCCCGGAACAAGUGUGAGUGUGGGUGAGAGUGUGUGCGCGCGCACGGGCUGGCUGCCCUUGGCGCAUUUGGUGGCCCGGGGCCGCAGGGCCUGGGGGCCCGGGAUUACCGUGACGUCACAUUCAGCCUCUGGCCACCUUGGACUGGGACACCUCGAGAGCAGCACAGCCCCACGCCACGCCUCACCUUGCCUCGCCACCGCGCGCCUUUGGGAACCUGCUUCCUCUCCCUUCCCAUCCAUGGGCCCUUCUGUCCUCCGGACCACUCGGGCCGGUGGAGCGCCUUCUAGAGCGCAGGACUUGGCAGUCGGGCUGCCCUUGGCUCUGCCUCCGGUAGCGCUAAGCGGGCGGAGGAACCGGCGCUGGGCACCCGCAGCCGUGUAAGGAGCGGAGGCUGCACACGGCUGGAGACGCAGAACCGUGGGGCUGAGGUGGGAACAAGCAAAAGAAGACGGAGGCAGGCCAAGGACAGCCACCAUGUCCUUCCCGCACUUUGGACACCCGUAUGGCAGCGCUUCCCAGUUCCUGGUGUCUGCAAGUUCCAGCGCCACUUGCUGCGAAUCCUCCCCUUGCUCCGUCUCAGACGUGGCCUCAGGCUCCACCCCAGCGGCGGCGGCUCUCUGCUUAGCACCCUACGAUAGCCGGCUGCUGGGCAGCGCGCGGCCCGAGCUGGGCGCGGCCUUGGGCAUCUACGGAGCCCCUUACGCGGCCGCUGCGGCUGCCCAGAGCUAUCCGGGGUACCUGCCCUACAGCCCGGAGCCGCCCGCGCUGUACGGGACGCUGAACGCACAGUAUGAAUUUAAGGAGAGUGCAGGGAACUUCACACCUGGCCUGUCACAACCAGGAGCCUAUUGUCCCUACGAGCCGACUCUGGGGCAAUACCAGUAUGACCGGUAUGGUGCCAUGGAGUUGAGUGGCGCCGGGCGCCGGAAGAACGCCACCCGGGAAACCACGAGCACGCUCAAGGCCUGGCUCAACGAGCACCGCAAGAACCCCUACCCCACCAAGGGCGAGAAGAUCAUGCUGGCCAUCAUCACCAAGAUGACCCUCACCCAGGUGUCCACCUGGUUCGCCAACGCGCGCCGGCGCCUCAAGAAGGAGAACAAGAUGACCUGGGCGCCCAAGAACAAAGGCGGAGAGGAGAGGAAGGCAGGGAGUGGAGCAGAGGAGUCACGGGGCUGCCUAAACGGAGACACCAAAGGAGUUGCUGCUAGCCAGGAAGCUCAGGGACUCCGGCUGAGUGACCUGGAAGAUCUAGAGGAAGAGGAGGAGGAAGAGGAAGAGGAGGAGGCCGAAGAAGAGGAGGCAGCAGUCAUAGCUACGGACAGGCUGGCUGAGUUCCAUAAGGACGUGCAGACGCUGCCUGCGCACUGUGCUGCAGGUCGAGUGGGCCGGCUGGAGCGCAGGGACUGUGGUCUGGCGGCGCCCCACUUCUUGUUCAGUGAGCCCCCCGGAUCCGGAGAGGCUGACUUUCCCCGGGCAGAGCUAGGGGGGCCCAUGUUGACCGUGCACUACCCACGCAGCCAGAAACCGCGCAUCUGGUCUCUGGCGCACACUGCGGCAGCCAGCACUGUUGAAGGUGCGCCUCCGACCCCGCCCAAGCCACAAAGUCCGGAGUGCCGAGUGAUUCCCGGACAGCCUCCAGGCUUGGGCGGGCGAAGCACGGUCCCCAGAGACUCCGCUUGUGACGAGUCUUCUCCCGUAGCCAAGGCCUUUGGAAAGCCCACUUUUGCGCUGCAGAGGCCGCCCCCGAACUGUGCGCAGUGCCCACGGCGGAGGGAGCCGGUCCCGCAGUGCCAGUACCCGUCUGGAGCAGAAGCAGGUUAGCGCAACGGUGCGAUUUGCGAUUGGCGGAAGGAUCUUGGAAACGAGCCCCACUUUUUGAACUCACCUUCACGCUGAGAAGCUGGGAGACCCCACCAGGAACUGGGGGCUCUCACUUUGCUUAAGAGACGGACACAGAGAAACCCUCCCACAGGCCCUCCUUGCACGCAGAACGGAAGUGGGUGGCAGGCUGCCCCCGGGUGGGUCCCGGAGGAAGUGGCAGGGCACCUGGGGGGCGGGGGCGAGGCUGCCGCCCUCCUCUGGGUUCCGGGGCCGAAGCUGCUCCCCACUCCUGUUCACUCGCGCUCCCCCACGUUGUAACCUCCAAGCUGACCCGGCCCCCAAGGACCACCUGUCUUCUGCCCUUCCCCACUCCUUGUGUCCUUAAAAAUGACCCAGCCGAACCUA